CAGGAACUCAACAUAUCACAUAAGAAGAAAGAGGGGGAGAGAGAGAGAGAUGACGAAGGAAGUGAGUGAGGAAGCUGAGCAGCACCAGCACCAUGGCACAGACUACAUAGACCCACCACCAGCACCACUUAUUGACGUCAGCGAGCUCAAGCUCUGGUCUUUCUACCGGGCCCUGGUUGCCGAAUUCAUCGCCACCCUCCUUUUCCUCUACGUCACCAUCGCCACCGUCAUCGGCCACAAGAAGCAACCCGGCGAAUGUAAUGUUGUUGGCAUUCUCGGCAUCGCACGGGCCUUUGGUGGCAUGAUUUUCAUUCUAGUGUACUGCACCACUGGCAUUUCUGGUGGUCAUAUCAACCCAGCGGUAACCUUUGGUCUGUUCCUGGCGCGAAAGGUCUCGUUGCUGCGGGCAUUCUUCUAUUUGGUGGCUCAGUGCUUGGGUGCAAUUUGUGGGCUGGGGUUGGUGAAGGCUUUCAUGAAGCAUCCCUACAACUCCCAGGGUGGCGGGGCAAAUGAGGUGGCGCCUGGCUACUCUAAGGGUACGGCCUUGGGUGCUGAGAUUAUCGGAACUUUUGUGCUCGUCUACACCGUCUUCUCCGCUACAGAUACGAAGAGGAAAGCCCGUGACUCUCACGUGCCGGUUUUGGCACCGCUGCCAAUUGGGUUUGCGAUGUUCAUGGUGCACUUGGCGACGAUUCCGAUAACGGGAACUGGCAUCAACCCUGCUAGGAGUUUUGGAGCUGCUGUCAUCUACAACAAAGAUAAGGCCUGGGAUGACCAUUGGAUAUUCUGGGUUGGGCCUUUCGUUGGAGCUUUGGCAGCAGCCGCCCGUUAG